CGAACUUCACCUCAGCUUUUUCCGUACUGAGAUUCGUUCCUUUCAUUUUCUUUCCAUUUCUUUAAUUUUGAACUGUGAAUAUACAAUGAUGAUUUCGGUCUCACCUUUGGUUGCGUCAAUUUCUGAUACGAGAUGUUACUUUAGCAAUUUGAAAUUUCAACUUUAACUGCCGCAAGUUUUCCUUAAUUUUCUCCGGGAAUAACACUCUGAUUGAAUGUCGCUUUCGCCAUUUGUUCCUUCUUUCUAGGGUUUCAUCUACUUGUUGAUUUCACUGCGUUACUACUACCAGGAUUUGCUUCAGUAGUUUUCUAUGCGAAGUUUCUACCAUUUCUGUUACGUGUUUCUCGGCAGCCAAACAUACUAGCAUUUCUCUAAUUUUAUUAAUCUGGGUGAUUGUAAUAGUUCAACAUGUGCAGUAUUUUGAGCGAGCUUACCUGUCCAACCUUUUUAAUCACUGCUACAGCUUCGUGUUGAUGCUUUCAGAUAUGAUUUCAGCAUCAACUGCUUCAACCAUGCUCUGGUCUGACGAGCGCAAUCUCUGCAUAUCCAAUGCACUUAUAGACGAUCGUGGUUCAGAAGUUAGCUUAUAAGAUUCCACGUUAUCGGGGGUCAGUAAAAGGGGUAAAUAAGAUGAAGAACCAUUCAUGCUUAAAAGCGAAAGGAACUACUAGAGUUAACCAUCAGCAGGUGAUGUUUGAGCUUAAACAGCGGGUGAUCUUUGCACUAAACAAGCUUGCAGACAGGGACACUUACCAGAUUGGUAUUGUGGAGCUCGAAAAAACAAUUGAAUGUUUAACCCCAGAUGGGGUUGCUUUGUUUCUGUCUUGCAUAUUAGAUACCGAUUCCGAGCAGAAGAGUGCUGUGCGUAAGGAAUGUAUUAGACUGAUGGGCUUACUAGUUAAUUUGCAUGAUGGUCUUGUUGCUCCAUAUCUUGGAAAGAUGGUUGUUAGUAUUGUUAAGCGUCUCAAGGAUCCAGACACUGUGGUUAGGGAUGCAUGCGUGGAAACAGUUAGUGUGUUGGCUUCUAAAUUGUGCAAUGACCAGGCUCAAAAUGAUGGAAUUUUUGUUGUACUAGUGAAACCAUUUUUUGAAGCCUUGGGUGAACAAAAUAAGCAGGUGCAGUCUGGUUCAGCGUUAUGCUUAGCUCGGGUCAUAGACAAUACCAAUGAUCCUCCAGCAUCAAUUUUGCAGAGGAUGUUGACCAGAACCAUCAAGUUGCUUAAGAAUCCACAUUUCAUGGCAAAACCAGCAGUCAUUGAACUGAACAGGAGUAUUAUUCAGGCGGGGGGUGCCCCAUCGCAAAUUAUUUUAUCUGCUGCAAUGAGCAGCAUCCAAGAAGCCCUAAAGAACAGUGACUGGACAACACGCAAAGCUGCUUCUUUAUCUCUUGGUGAAAUUGCUUCAAGUGGUGGAUCCUUCUUUAGUUCCUUCAAGGCUUCCUGCAUCCGUUCUCUUGAAUCCUGUCGGUUUGACAAGGUUAAACCAGUAAGGGACACUGUACCGCAUGCUUUACAUCUUUGGAGAAGUCUUCCAGGGCCUGAUCCGCCUGAACCUUCAGAAACUGGAUCUUCUAUCAAAGAAAAUUUUUGUGGACAGGACGAUGGUGAUAUUGCAAGCAUUAAUGAGUCUGGACGAAAGGACGCCUCACUUACAAAAGUGGGUACCUGCUCAACUAAGAAAAGGAUUCCCCUUUCUGUGAGAAAAACAUGCCAAAAUUAUGUGGAUUAUCCUCAAGGUUCAAUUGAUUGGGAUACAGAAAUUGCUGCUUCCAAAACUAACAGUAUUUAUUUUGACGUUCACAACGAAGAAUCUGAGGGUAGUUCUGUCACUAAGACAUUUGAAAGAAUGAGUAGCGGUAUCACAAGUAUCCAAGAUAUUGGCUACGAAUAUGUAUCAAUGGAUGAUAGACAUGAAUGUUCUUCUGUGUCUAAACCUGUCACCAAGAACGUUGAUACAAAAUUUGUAUCAGCUUCUCGUGACUGCAUAAACAAAGUUGCCUUGGUGAAGCAGAUGGUAACAAAUCAGGAAUAUGCAGCUGAAGAAAUUAGAAGUGAAGAACACAGAUACUCAGUGAAGAUGCAGGAUCAUAGUAGUCUUGAUUCCACAGGCACAGAGUCAAGUUCCCAAACCCUGCGCGAAUGUUGCACUCAAACAGCAAAUGAAUUGGCUUCUAUUCGGAAGCAGCUCUUGGAAAUCGACAAUAAGCAGUCAAACUUAAUGGAUCUGUUACAGGAGUUCACAACGAGCACAAUGGAAAGCUUUUCUGUGAUACAGUUGAAGGUUUCAGGUCUGGAACAGGUAGUUGAUCAAAUAGCUCAAGAUGUUUGUGGAGGGAGAUUUACUAAUCCAGCUACGGCAAAAUUUCUGAAGAAAAGCCCAAGUGUGGCUUCUCCUAGACUCUCUACCCACACCUGCAGACCAUCUUUAGAUAUACGUAAUAGGCAGCCGUCAUUUUUGUCCAAGAAAAAUACGGAGAUCUGGGAGGAAAAAUCUUUUGCAGGGAGCAGAUCAAGUAGUUCUGCUAUAGAAAGCUUUGACAUGUGCUCAGAUGUCACAGGCAAAUUAAAUCGACAGCCAAUACGGAAGGGAAACCAGAGUAGCUCUGGACGUGGAACUCAUGUUGGUCAAACAAGGAAAAAUGACAAUGUCUCUGCCGCAGCUUCCACUACUAGUGCCAGACAAAGCAGUUCAGAAAUAAAAAAUGGCCCAUGGAGAUUUGUUCGAGGCUAUCUAUCUGAAGGGGACCUCAAUUCUGCAUAUGCAGAAGCUUUGUUUUCAGGUGACGAACUUGUGCUAUUUGAACUUAUUGAUAGAACAGGCCCGGUGCUGGAAAGGUUAUCGAACAAGACGGCUGGUGAUGUUCUUAGCACUUUAGCAUCGUACUUCUUGGAACAGAGAUUUAUAAAUUCCAUAAUCCCUUGGUUGCAACAGGUUGUAGACUUGAUUACUGUCCAUGGACCAAAUUGCCUUGUUCUCUCAGCAAAAGUGAGGAGAGAAUUCUUAUCAGCAAUUCAGGAAGCUGCCAACAUGGGCAUACCUAAUCCUGCGGAGAGAUCUGUUGCCCAACUAGCAGCGAAAUUGCAUCAAAUCUGGGGAAAAUGCUCUUGAUAAGAAGUUACUUUGAAGCAUGGUGCACAUGCCAGAGGAUUUGCUGAUCUGAAGUACUGGUUUGGUCAAUUAGUUGAAUUCCAACACAUGGAGUGCAGUCUUUUUUUUUCUUUGUGAAAUCAACUUUUGUUUGUUUGGGUUAAGACAGCGUUCCACAAGGAUCCUUUUCACGUCAAUGUUUUUCCAGUGGAAAACUUGAUUGUUACCUCUUGUUAACUUUUAUAGUUUGCAAGUUGUUCUUUGUGGUGCUGAUGAACAUGAAUAUAUGAAAUCCGAGUUAGUAAGCCUCCUGCCACGGAAGGCGUCAAAUUC